CGUUUUCUCUCGCUCGCUCUCAUUCUCUUUUCCUCUCUCUCUCUCGCUCGCUCGCUCUCUCGAUCUCGAUCCAUCGAUCGGUGAAGCGAAAUGGCGUACGAGCGCAUCCUCCUCGGCAUGGGGAACCCCCUGCUGGACAUCUCUGCUGUCGUUGAUGAGGAUUUUCUCAAUAGGUAUGAUAUCAAGCUAAACAAUGCGAUUCUUGCGGAGGAAAAGCAUUUGCCAAUGUAUGAGGAGCUAGCCACAAAAUACAAUGUUGAUUACAUUGCUGGAGGAGCAACUCAAAAUACAAUCAGGGUAGCACAGUGGAUGCUUCAAAAUCCCAGUGCUACAAGUUAUAUGGGCUCUAUUGGAAAGGACAAAUUUGGAGAGGAAAUGAAGAAAAACUCAAAAGCUGGAGGUGUUAAUGUACAAUAUUAUGAAGAUGAGACAGCCCCAACAGGUACAUGUGCUGUCUGUGUUGUUGGUGGUGAAAGGUCCCUCAUUGCCAACUUAUCAGCAGCCAAUUGCUACAAGUCUGAGCAUUUGAAGAGACCAGAAAACUGGGCCUUGGUUGAAAAGGCAAAAUACAUCUAUAUUGCUGGAUUUUUCUUAACGGUGUCUCCAGAGUCUAUUCAACUCGUAGCUGAACAUGCUGCUGCCCAUAAUAAGGUCUUUUCGAUGAACCUUUCUGCCCCGUUUAUCUGUGAGUUCUUCCGGGAUGCUCAGGAGAAAGCUCUACCGUAUGUGGACUAUAUUUUUGGCAAUGAAACUGAAGCAAGGACCUUCUCAAAAGUCCGUGGUUGGGAGACUGAGAAUGUCGAAGAGAUCGCUGUGAAGAUCUCAGCAUUACCCAAGGCAUCAGGAACCCACAAGAGGAUUACUGUGAUCACUCAGGGCAGUGACCCAGUUGUUGUUGCUGAGGAUGGAAAGGUGAAAUUGUUCCCAGUGAUUCUGUUACCAAAGGAGAAGCUGGUGGACACAAAUGGAGCAGGAGACGCUUUUGUUGGGGGAUUUCUCUCUCAGUUGGUGCAGGAGAAGAGUAUAGAGGAGUGUGUGAGAGCUGGUUGUUAUGCAGCAAAUGUUAUAAUUCAGAGGUCAGGCUGUACUUACCCAGAGAAGCCAGACUUCAACUAAGUCUUUGACACAGGCAUGAAGAAAACAAAUUCGAUAUGAAAUUUUUCUUAGUUUUUUAUUUUUGUUCUUCUGAAUUAUGCAUUGACUGCAUGGUCUUUCAUAUCUUUGAGCGAUGUAAUAAAAGAGUUGUCAAUCGCCCAAGGCCAUCUUUUAUUUAAAAAAAAAAUAAAAAAUUUCCGGUCUUAAUGCAGUAGUUCAGAUCAUUAUGUUUCUGCUGAGUACUGUAACAAUUUGAUCUCUAAGAGCUUGUUUGAAUGUCUAAGAAAUAAAAAUAUCUGUAGUUUUCC